AGGAACAAAUGUCAGAAUUGCUGUCUGUUUGUUUUCCCAGUGCUGAUAUUAGUAUUACUUGUGGUGGUACAAUACGAAAUAGAGAAACAAUCACUAAUAGAAAAACCGAAGCCACCAGUUCCUAAUCCACCGGAGAGGUUACCGGUUUUACAAAUUCCGUCGCAGUAUUCUUUGGCCGUGAGAUCCAAAUUGCUUCCGUUCCAAGACUUACCAAACCCUUCCUGCAGGAAUGACUCUUCCUGUCCUGCUACAUUUCUUUACACUGCUUCCAAUCAGUCUUUUGCCAAGGGUUUGGUAGGCGACAUGUUUCCAACUGCCACCUCUGUGAAUUCGUCUGACCUCCUCGAGCUCCUAGUCUUGGGAACUGAUACCUUUUCUGUUGAGGAUGAUCUUUCUUAUGAGUACUCAAAACUCUAUUACCUACAACACAAAUGCAAUAAGAGUUUAUCAAUUUCUUUUCCCUUGACAGAAAAAAAAAUUGAGUUAAAAUGCAUGGAAGGGCUGACAUUGUGGAGGAAUAGCUACUCUGAUAUCAAUGAUGAAAUGUAUAAGGGUGAUUUUCGUGUCAAUACUAAGGAGGAGGAGGAAUUUGCUGGAGCUUUUGAUCUUCAGAACUCUGAAAGCAGCCAAUUCAAUGUUGUAGUAUGGUACAAAACCCCUGAGGAGGUUGUGCGAUUGCUGAAUAUGGUAUCCAAUGCCUAUCUUCAAUUUUUACAAGGGAAAAGUGCAGGAAUACCAUUAGAGUUUAUGAAAGAUAUGCCCACGCAUAACUAUGAGAACUCACCAAAAUUUGUGACUCUCUUGAGUACACUAUUGUUCAUAUGGAUUAUUGUCUGGUUAUUCCCUGUGAUUUUGCAAGCUCUGGUUUAUGAAAAGCAACAUAAACUCCGGAUGAUGAUGAAAAUGAAUGGGCUUGGUGACAGAGCAUAUUGGACUAUUUCAUAUGGAUAUUUUGUCAUUGUCUCUUUAAUCUAUAUGCUAUGUUUUGUAGCUGUUGGUUCGCUUUUAGGACUAAGUUUCUUUAAACUGAAUGACUACAGCAUCCAAUUUGUGUUCUAUUUUGUUUAUGUAAACUUGCAAGUUUCUGUGGCCUUCCUAGCCACAGGGUUAUUCUCCAAUGUCAAGACGGCUUCAGUUGUGGGGUAUUUACUUGUGUUUUUGACUGGUCUAUUGGGGAACUUCCUAUUCAAGAGCUUGCUUGUAAAACCGUUUCCAAAAAUCUGGGUGGUUAUUCUUGAGUUGUAUCCUGGAUUUUCAUUAUUUCGCGGGUUAUAUGAGCUACAACAAUAUGCAUUUGAUGGAAGUAUGGUGGGUGAUAGUGGCAUGGAGUGGCGAGACUUGAAUAACCCUGAUAAUGGAAUGAGGGAGGUCAUCAUCAUCAUGUUAGUUGAGUGGGUGGUCACUGUAAUUUUAGCAUAUUUUUUCGACCAAAUGUCAUCGUCUGGAAGUUGGUGGAAGAAGCUUUCAUCAUCUGCAAGGCUACCUAAUUUCCGGAGUAAUGAAUCUCAAGAUUCCUUAGAUGCAGAGAAAAUUGAUGUAGUCCAAGAGAGGGAAACAGUGAAACAAUCGAUACUCGAGUCAGCUGAAAGUCAUCCCUUUCUCUGUGACAACAUCAGGAAGGUGUAUCCAGCAAGAGAUGGAAACCCUCCAAAAAUUGCUGUCAAAGGAAUGUAUCUUGCUUUGCCUCAAUCAGGUUGCUUUGGGAUGCUUGGCCCGAAUGGUGCAGGAAAAACUUCAUUCAUUAGCAUGAUGAUUGGUCUUACAAAGCCAACCUCUGGCACAGCAUUCAUAAAUGGUUUGGACAUAAGAACAAACAUGGAUGAGGUAUACUCUAUGAUCGGUGUUUGUCCUCAGGACAACCUUCUCUGGGAAACUCUAACAGGACGGGAGCAUCUAAUGUUUUAUGGUAGACUAAAGGGCCUUAGAGAUACUGUCUUAAAAGAGGCAGUGGAGGAAUCUCUUAAAAAUGUCAAUUUAUAUUAUGGUGGUUUUGCUGACAAACAAACUGGGAAGUACAGCGGUGGUAUGAAGAGGAGACUAAGUGUUGCUAUUUCCCUGAUUGGAGAUCCCAAGGUUGUAUUCAUGGAUGAACCUAGCACUGGACUAGAUCCGGCUUCCAGAAACAAUCUGUGGAAUGUUGUAAAGCGUGCAAAGCAAGAUCGAGCCAUUGUUCUUACUACACACUCUAUGGAAGAAGCUGAAGCUCUUUGUGACCGAUUAGGUAUUUUUGUCAAUGGUGACAUGCAGUGCAUAGCAGAUGCGAAAGAGUUGAAGGCUCGAUAUGGGGGAUUGUUGGUGUUCACCAUGACGACCACAGUAGACUACAACGCGGAGGUGGAAAAUAUGAUGAAGUUGAUCUGCCCUAAUGCCCACAAGAUAUACCACCUUGCAGGCACCCAAAAGUUUGAGCUCCCAAAAAAUGAGGUGAGGAUUGCAGAUAUAUUCCAGGCUGUGGAGAUUGCGAAGGUUAGGUUCCCGGUUCAUGCGUGGGGCUUGGCAGACACCACCUUGGAAGAUGUCUUCAUCAAGGUUGCUAAGCUUGGUAAUUUAACUUUGGAUGAAAAUUUUGUUGGAGUUUGACCAAGGGUUUGAUGAUUAGCAUAAGGUUUACUUAGUGGAGCGGUGUCAAUAUCCAAAUCAUAAAAUAUAAAGUACUAUGUAGGAGAGAUGUACUUAAUUCUAAUCUUCCUAAAGCCUUAAAUAUUGGGAAAUAUGUUUAUAGUUUAACCAAUCCAAAAGGUAGAGUGUAAACUGAUCUAUUAACUUAUUAAGUUAUUGGUUCACUUCUACUUGAAAGUAGGCAAGCUAAAUUUAUUUGUGUAUUAUACAUUUGUACU